AUGCACCUUGGUCAUGCUCAAAGAAACAACAGUAGCCUGAUGUUUACAAGUUAUGAUGAGAGUAAUAAGCAAACAAAGGUUUUGCGUUCCGUAGGUUAUGAUACAUUAUCUUCGUCAUCAUCGAGUGAAAUCGAAUUUGAUGUUACCGAAGCGCCAUAUUCUGAUUUUGAUUUGCUUUGUUCUUGUAAUGGUUUGGUUUGCUUAAAGUGUAAUGAUAAAACAACACACUUCAUUUGUCUUUGGAAUCCAGCAACUACAGAACACAUGAAAAUACCCAAAUCACCGAAUGAAUAUGCAUUAAAAGAUAUUCGUCUAUAUGCGUUAGGUUAUGACAAGAAAACUGAUGAUUACAAGUUAAUAGUUGUGGUAGAAUUUGGAGUCAUAGGUAGUUAUUUAGUUGAUGUCUAUACACUAAAAUCAAAUUCAUGGAACAGCAGUAGUCAAAUCUUGCCUUAUUAUAUGUAUCCACUUUGGGUAGUUAGUUGGGUGCUUGUUAACGAAAUAUUGCAUUGGAUUUUUCGGAGCGGUCACUGCUCAUGGUUGAUAAUCUGCUUGGAUAUCAAUGAAGAGAAAUUUGAAGAAUUUCAACUACCAAAAGAACCUCUAAAGAACAAGUGUUUGUGUAUGGCUCCUGGAGUACUGGAAGGGUGCCUUUGUGUACUUUUUUCCUUUAUGGCUGAUUUUGAAGUUUGGGUGAUGCAAGAUUACGGAUUUCCAGAAUCUUGGACUAAACGUUAUACCAUCUAUCGCAAGGGGAAUAAUAUAUAUGACCAUGAUAAUUUGAGUCUUCUCUGGUCUUUUAGAGGUGGCGUUUUACUACUAAGGGUUUGGGCCGGUGACUUAGUAUAUGACACGAAAGAUUCAAGUGGUAGAAAAGUAAAUAAUGGUGUUAGUUUAAUGCUUCAUCCAGCAUAUAGUUAUGUAGAAAGUCUAGUUUCUCCUUACUCCGGUAAUAAUGUAGGCCAAAGAUAA